UUCACUUAGCACCGGGUAAUGUUGUGUGUGUGCGCGUCGGUGUGUAGGCUCAGUGCGCAUGCGCCUCUCUGCUUGCAGUUUCGUGUGAGACAAGGGGAGAGUGCAAAGCAGGCACAUAGGAGAAGAACUAGCGAGUGAGCUAAGAGAAAUGCCUAUUGCUGCCAUCUCACAGGCAAUAUCCUCCACCUCCUCUUGAUCCACCCUAUCUUUCUCUCGCUGAGGGCAACGCAUAAGAAGAAGGAAUAAGAGGCUGCCCCAUGAUCCCGUAGGCAUGGUCAGCUCGGCGAGUACAGGGGGUGGAACAAACCCUUCUCUCCAGCGCACACAGUGAGGAGCUCUGUCUGUACACACCGGCUCAGCCCCAGCAGCAGCACUGCCAUCUAUGCGCUACUGACACGGAUCUGGCUGUGCAGGCGUCCGGGACGCGUCCUUUUUACGCUGCUGCUGCUGUUGGGGAGAGGAGGCGCAGUGCGGUGCCAUGGGAAAGUAGAUGGGCAGCAGUUGGUGCAACGGGAACUGGAUGAGAGGGUCUCUGGAAUAAAGCAGCUGGUCGGCCUUUCUGGUGCAGAACCCUUACGUGUGCGGAUUUGACAUGGUGUGAGAAUUAGGAGUGAGAACCGGGGACACCGUCGUGGCUGGAGGUGGGUGGGGGUCACAGCAUGGAUUUGGAUUAACGUGACACCGAGCAAAUAAGUGGAUCUGCAGCACUUCACCUGGAUUUGGUUUGUGUCAAAUCGAACGAUAUUUCACGCGAUUGCGUGGUGGCGAAAGCGACAGCUGGAUCUAGAAAGCGGCGAGAGGACGGGGGAGCUUGCACGCAAUUACGCACCUGCGGCAGGCUGCACCGAGAUCUGGAUCAUUAAGGAAUAAAAAGCAGGGAAAGGUGGAUCCGGCGAAGAAGCCCCUGAAUCCCCCAGGCGGCAGCUGCACUUUGCAGUAGCUACAGAAGGCGCCGCUAGCAUGUGUGCUGUACAAGUGAAGUUGGAGCUGGGCCAUCGAGCCCAGGUCAGGAAAAAACCUACACUAGAAGGAUUCACUCACGAUUGGAUGGUAUUUGUCCGGGGACCAGACCACAGCAACAUUCAGCACUUUGUGGAGAAAGUUGUCUUUCAUUUACACGAGAGCUUUCACAGACCUAAAAGAGUGUGCAAAGACCCACCGUACAAAGUAGAAGAAUCUGGAUAUGCUGGUUUUAUUUUGCCAAUAGAGGUCUAUUUUAAAAAUAAGGGUACAGUGUGCAGCUGGCAUCUUCUUGUUUAUUCCCAGGAGGAGCCUAAGAAAGUCCGUUUUGACUAUGACUUAUUCCUGCACCUUGAAGGACACCCACCUGUGAACCAUCUUCGCUGUGAAAAACUCACCUUCAAUAACCCCACUGAGGAGUUCCGUAGAAAACUGCUGAAGGCUGGAGGAAUCAUGGUCAUGUCAGAGGGAACUUCUUUCUCUUCAGGAACCAGCCUCCAUCUUCCCAGCUUUCCUUGUAACUCAUUGUCAUUUUCAGAUGUAAAAAAGAGCAAAUCAUCUCAUGGAUCCAAGGACCCAAAUAAACUUGUUAGUAUAAACAACAGCAUUAGCUUGUCAAAACCCCACAAGUCGUCAAAGGAGCACAAAGAAAAAUCAUCAAAGGACUCAAAAGAGCAUAGAAGUGCCUUCAAAGAACCGUCCAGGGAACAUAAUAAAUCUUCCAAAGAAUCCUCGAAAAAACCCAAAGAAAACAAACCACUGAAAGAAGAAAAAAUAGUCCCUAAAAUGGCCUUUAAGGAACCUAAACCCAUGUCAAAAGAGCCAAGGUGUGAGAACAAUAAUAUCCUUACUGUAUCCACUGGACAUCAACAAGAAAAGAAACUUUCUAGCAAGAGGCCUCCACAUUUGGACUCUGAGGAUUUAUUUGCCAGGAAACGAAAAAAAAGCAACUCUGAGUCAUCAAUUAAAAGUUUUUCUAAUUCCUCACUCCUUAUAUUGUCAUCCUCUGACAAAAAGCCAUUUAGGGACAAAUCUGUGCAUAAAAUCGGGAAGGUAAAGAUUGAAAGUGAAGUAAUGGACAGGAAGAAGCUGUCACUACCCCCAUUUGAAGACAUUGUAGAUCCAAAUGACACAGACAUGGAGGAUAACAUGUCAUCCAAAUCAGAGUCAGGUCAACCGAGCCCCGCAAGUUCCAGUUCCAGCUCCAGUUCCAGUGUGGCUCCACCUCAUAACCACAGACAAGGUUUCUUUGUGUCCUGCCCAGGAUCCCUGCGGUCAAUUGUGAAAGACUUACAUUCAGAUGACAAUGAAGAUGAAUCGGAUGAUGCUGAGGACAAUGACUCAGAGAACGAGAGGCCGAUCCGCAUGCAUGGAGGGAGCCGAAUUCGCAGGAUUAGCCUCAGCGAUGGGAGCAACAGCGAAAGUAGUUCUGUUUCUUCUCCUUUGCGAAAUGAGCCUCCCACUUUGUUAAAAACAAAUAAUCAGAUCCUAGAAGUGAAAAGCCCCAUCAAGCAGAGCAAGUCUGAAAAACAGAUCAAAAAUGGGGACUGUGACAAGGCAUACCUAGAUGAAUUAGUUGAGCUUCACCGAAGAUUAAUGACUCUAAGAGAAAGACAUGUACUUCAGCAGAUAGUGAAUCUAAUAGAAGAAACAGGACACUUCCAUAUUACAAAUACAACAUUUGACUUUGACCUUUGUUCCCUUGACAAAACCACAGUCCGUAAACUACAGAGCUACCUGGAAACAACCGGGGCUUCUUGAGCCUGCCUUGUGUGGACAAUUUAAGGACAGGAAGAAAUACUGAACUGUUCAGGAUAACAUAAAUAGAUCCAGGUUCUCAAGAAAAAAUGGAUAAAGAAAACCUCUGCCUACUUUUUUUCCUUUUUUUGUUGUUUCCUGAGAUCACAGAUGAAGAAAGAAUAAAACAUGACACACGGAAAGUUAUCCUUCCUCACUAUGUUUUUGAGAUUAAACCUGGAAAACCUUGAAAUUAAAAAAGACAUACAAUGUUAUUUCCUAAAUUAAUGUGUUCGGUAUCAUGUGACGUUUCGUGGCUUCCACAAGACGUAUGCAUGUUAUUCACGCACUGCCUUACUACGUGACUGCUUUAUUUAUUACUGCAUACAUGUAUUCCAAAAGUCAUUGUGGAAUGACACUACCAUAUGCUUCAAGCCACUAUAUGCUCCAUUUUUUGAGCGCAACCCAUCGCCAGAAUUCAAGUGACUGUAUUUGCAGGAAAGUUUUUCCAGCCAAGCAGCAAACACUUACUUACUGUUUUCACUGGUUUGUUUUUAGGAAAUAUAGACACAGGAAAAAAAAAAAGCGGACCAAGCUCAGUUUUACUGUUAGCCUAAUUCAGGGUAUUUGUCUCAAUUAAAUCAUCAAAUGAACAGUCUUUCAAAAACAGCAACAAACAAAUGCACCAAAUAGCAUUAUGUGACUCGUAGCCUUACUAGAAAAAUACUGUAAGUAGGAUGUCUUGGCAAAAAGUGUUGAGCUGAUCUGGAUCCAACAUUGUUUGUCUAAUCAGUAUGUUUGUGUCUUUAUAUAUAUAUAUAUAUAUAUAUAUAUAUAUAUAUAUAUAUAUAUAUAUAUAUAUAUAUAUAUAUAUAUAUAUAUAAAGAGUAACAGCAGCCAACAGUUUCUUUGUUGAAAAGCACCCUGGCCCCUCCCCCCUGUCAUUCUUGUCUAAAGAAAUGGUGUAGAAAUUUCUUUAUUUGGAACUAUUUAUUACAAGUUUCCGCUGUCUGUUGAUGGCGGUUGUUAAUUAUUGUUACUAUGGACAUUUAAGUGGCAUUCAAAGUUAGUAUUUUUUUUUCUCUGUAUGUUAUAUAUUUGUUUAUGGUUCACUAAUGUAAACUUUUUUUUCUACUUGGAAAUUAAAUUCAUUUUCCUUGAA